CAGCCCCACGGGUCGCAUUGAGGGCUUCAGCAAUGUGAGUGAACUCUAUGCCAAGAUAGGAGAGGCCUUUGGGAUUCCUCCGUCAGAGGAAAACCAACAAAAAAAGGCUUUAUAUAUUAAAUAACCAUGUGAUGGGGUGGGCGAUAUAAGCAAAAAUAAUAUAGCAAUAUUCUUUAUUUAUUUUUGUUUGAAAAAGAUAGCCGAACGUAGCAAAAUGGUAUGUCUAUUGCAAUUAAAAAAAACCUGAUCAAUAGAUCAAGAAUUUAUUACAAAUAUUUGAUCUGUUUUAUCUGCUCUUCAUCCGCCAUAUAGAGCGCAACAGUCUGGUUCCGAAAGUAAAAAUCCCAUGAAAUUUUCCAUUGAUGAAUUUGAUUUUCAAUGUUAACUUAUAAAUCUGUAAAGACAGACCUACCAUGAGCUCCGAGGUUGUUCAUCGAUGGUAUAUGCAUUUGUUAUUGCGUUUAUUUCAACUUCAUUGUAAAAAAAUCGUGUUUAAUAGUGGAAUUCCUGGUGAACAACUACACUACCCAUAAUCCUGAAGAGAGAUCACCAAUCAGAGAACCACAGCCAAACAAGUCCAGCAGCGAGUGGCCACUUCCAUGACGCACUGUGAAUGACGCAGUCGAGUCGGUCUCCCUGCACCCUCAAAUUACAUAUACACUGGUGGCCAAAAGUUUGGAUUAAUGUACAGAUUUAGCUCUUAUGGAAAGAAAUUGGUACUUUUAUUCACCAAAGUGGCAUUCAACUGAUCACAGUGUAUAGUCAGAACAUUAAUAAUGUGAAAAAUGACUAUUACAAUUUGAAAAAAAAAACUUAAACUACUUCAAAGAGUUCUCAUCAAAAAAUCCUCCAUGUGCAGCAAUGACAGAUUUGCAGAUACUUGGCAUUCUAGCUGUCAGUUUGUCCAGAUAUGGGAAAAAUACUUCCAGAACCCAGACAGCUGAAAAAGUGAGCGGGCUCUGUUGCACUUUCAAAUCUCUACCGGUUGACACUUUAUAUUGUUGCCACCAUAUAUCUCCAUAUCGCCCAGCCCUGCUUGCAUACUACACAUAAAUAUGAACGUGAACAUGGUAUUGAACGUAUUUAAUUACAUAACAAAUGGAAACUGAAAACAAUCAAUGUAUUAUAAAUAUAAUACCGGUGUUAAAUGCAUUGAAUACCAUAGGAAACACAUAUGGGUUAUAUAAGACCUACAUAUGCAUUCAAGGGGUAGUGAUGCAAAUUGUCUUUAAAUUAAAAAAAGUCAGUUCACAUGAUAGAAGACACCUUCACUAAGGAAUACCUGGAGUGGCAGAAAAGACCACUUCAUGUGAAAAAUUAUGUCUUAAAAACUAGACGCUGGGUCAUUUUUGACCCGCAUGUGUUCUAGGGUUAAAGGAAUGUUCCGGUUUCAAUACAAGUUUAGCUGCCGAGGUAAAUUUUUUUUGUGACAUAACGUUGAUUUCCACAAAAAUACUUUCGACUCUUCCUUUUAUUUAAAAUAAAAAUAAAAAAUGUAAAUAACGGUUACAGUAAGGCACUUACAAUGGAAGUAAAUGGGGCCAGUCCAUAAAUAUAUAUAGUUAAUGGCUGUAAUUGCCCAUUUAUUGGCAUAGAUUUGCAAAUUGCCCAUAUCUAGCCCUAUGUCAUGGAACACCUGGAAAUAUCCAAGAAUUUUAAAAUUGUGAUCACCAGGCCAGGAAAAUGAAUUCUGUCACAAAAAAAAAAAAAAGAAAAGAAAAGAAAAACACGGAAAUGUAACGAAAAUUUCUGUUGAGAAUAUUUAUUUCUAGUUAGGCUCAGCUCUAAAAUAUUUCAUAGAUGGGAAAUUGCUCUUUUUGAGUGCAAUCUCUAUAAAAGGAUUUUAAAAAUACAGUAUAUCUAUACAGUAAUCACGAGCAACUGGAAAAGUCAUGGAAAAUGUAUGGAAAUACCUACGUUUCCAUUCUCAGGUAAUGUUUUGCACACUUAACACUCACAAAGUGGACAUGGACAAACUUUUGGGUGGCCAGAUUGGAUUGGAGGACUUUAUAUUUGCUCAUGUGAAGGGCCAGAGGAAAGAGGUGGAGGUCUUUAAAGGAGAGGAUGCACUUGGGCUCACCAUCACUGACAAUGGUGCUGGAUAUGCCUUCAUUAAGAGAAUAAGAGAAGGCAGCAUUAUUUAUCAGAUCCAGGUCAUCAGUGUGGGCGACAUGAUCGAGUCAAUCAACGGGCAGAUACUCAUUGGCUGUCGCCAUUAUGAGGUAGCCAAAAUGCUGAAGGAAUUGCCCAAAGGGAAAACCUUUGUCCUGAAGAUGGUGGAACCUAUGAAGGCUUUUGACAUGAUCAGUCAGCGUUCGGGGAGCAAGUCAGACUCUGCUCAGUUAGGAACAGGUAGAGGAACUCUGCGACUGAGAUCAAAAGGACCAGCCACCGUAGAGGAGCUGCCCUCAGCGUUUGAAGAAAAAGCCAUUGAAAAAGUCGAUGACCUUUUAGAGAGCUACAUGGGCAUAAGAGACAGUGAACUCGCUGCUACAAUGGUGGAGCUCGGAAAGGACAAAAAGAACCCGGAUGAGUUUGCCGAAGCUUUGGAUGAGACUCUGGGUGACUUUGCAUUUCCAGAUGAAUUUGUGUUUGAUGUGUGGGGUGCCAUAGGCGAUGCAAAGGUUGGUCGCGUGUAAUUCUUGAAAUGGUCAUUCUAGGAAACGCUCCUUUUAAGAACACUAUAUAAUUUGUUUUCAGAUUGUUAAUUUAUGGGAGCAUUCUCUGGGAUGCUUUUAAGAACGCUGGAGCUACUUCUCUUUAGGCCUUUAGUUUCACAUUUUCUGUCAUAUUUUAGCUGGAGACACAAUCAAGACACUAUAUUGAAUGCAUUUAAAAAAACAUGUACUCAGAGUUGAAGUUGAGCCUUAUCAUUUAAAUGAAAUGACUUUCUAGUAGGAUAUUAAGUAUUAAGACAAUGAGACUUUUGAUGACAUUUAACCCAUGCAGAUGAGAGAUGUAUUAGAUGAUUAUUCUGUUUUUUACUGUGACUUUUAAUUUGCACUGUGUUGCCCGACGCUGUAUAAAUUGUAUAGUAUGGCACAGCUCGCAGAACGCACACAGAGGCGAUGCUGGUCUGCACUGUUGUGUCCUCCACUGUGUGGACCUGCCCUGUCCCAUGCCAGAGUUACAGACCAUUUGUGUUAUCAACAACACUAUAUAAUGAUUCCCUAAAGCAUGUGUUGUCUAAUGAUGUAUUCAAAGUGAUUCAAAGGAUUCAAAAUGGCAUUGAAGUUGUUGCAAUGAAUUGAAAAUUGAAUGGGACAGUUUUCAAGUGACCUCCAGUGCUUUACAUUCCCAAUUCUGUGACUUUCAGAAUGAAAUCGCUCUUAUUUUUAAAGAGUAAAAGAAAUGGGGAAAGAAAACAUAAAACGUCAGUUUUACUUUUUGGAGCGUGGUGAACUAACGCUGAAUGCCAAACAUAAGGAAAUCUUUUUUCCAAUCAAAUCAGUAUUCAGGUAUCAUGAAGUAUUACAAACAGUAUUUCAUCUGUUACAGUAUUUAUCAUUUAUCAGGAAUGAUUGAGAUAAUAUGAAGGGCUUACAAGUAGGACUGGGUGAUGUACUAGCUAUAAAAGAUAUAUAACUCGAUAUUUUACAAACUUUAGACGAUUUGUUUUAUAUCAAUAUUUUUAUAAGGUUUUUUUUUUAAUCAGUGGAACAAAACAACCAUUGUAACCAAGUAGAUUCAAAAUGUUUAAUAUUAGAAUUACAACACAACAAAAAUCUAGUUUGAAAUGAUCAAUGCCCAUUUUCUACAAAAUGAACCAGCGGAAGACUGACAUUUAAUCGUUUUCAUUUAUUUUACACACCAAUAUAAAAACAAUACAUGGUAAUAUUUACCUGUGUAUAUAUUUUUACUAACACGCGUAGACUUCCAUGAAGAUUUUUGAAUGAUGAAAUUAUUAUUUUUCUAAUCAGAUUUAUUUUUAAUGGUUCAUAGAAACAAACAGUUUAAACUCUUUCACAGAAAUGAAUCGAGCUUUUCAGCUCUAAUGCUACGGAUCUUUGCUACAGAUGUUCUAAUCAGAAAUACUGUUAAAACAUCUGUAUUGACACUCGCAAACUAGCGAGUUGUGAGUGGAUGGGGGCUCACAGACUGCACUUAAUGACACACUUUUUAGGAAUUAAUGGCCACAUAAAAAGCACAUAAGUGUUUCAUUUUAAAUUCAUUGGCAGCAAAAUGAUAGUGAAGAUAUUCAAAAUUUCAUCCAGCCCUAUUUACAAGUGAAUAGUAAGUGGUGUGUAUAUAGUGUUGAUGUAUUUUGUGUUUUACACUACAGCCAGUAAGCAUUCCCAAGAUACAGAGUAAUGCAAUGCAAAUAUGAUCAAACAUGCACUGAACACAUAGUUUAUAAAGAUAGUGGAACUGAUAUAUGAUUACUCUUUUUCAGUUUAACACUGUAGUUAAGUAUUCCACAUAUGUAAAACGUUUGAAAUGCAAAAAACAUCAUGUGAUUGCAAAAACUUCAUGCUUUAUAUAUAUUUUUUUAUUAUUUAGCAAAGUUUAUUUUCUUCUGGAUUAAAUAAAUGAAUGUUUAAAGGACCGGAGGAAAAAAACAUUAAAAUGUUUUGAUGUUACAUUCUACAUACUGUAAAGCUAUCAGUGUAGUUUGAAUAUAGCUCUCUUGUGGUUGAUUUCUUUUGACACUUUUAUCAUUUGAUGCUUUUUGAACAUAUUAAGAUAAACAUCGCUGUUUUUAAGACUUAAUAGUUUACACUGAUGAUGUAAUGGUUUUGAUGGUUUCAAGUUACACUGUCUCAGACUACCUUCAAAUGCAGUAAUCAUAAACGUCAGUAUAAGUCUGUUAUAGCUGUUUUUUUAAUGGGCAGAAAUGUUAUUGCACAUAAUUGUUAUUUGUUAGACCAAUUUCUCAACAAUAUUAAAAUAAACUAAAUAAUAA